CACAGCAAUUGCUACUUCAUAUUAUCGCUUCUGCUGAUUAAGCUUCAAUUCUUCACCCAAACCUUACAUUACAUACUAAGUGAGAAUUGCAGAAUAUAUGGCUUGUGUUGCUGUAAAUUCUCUUGUGAGGACGAUUGAGCUUGAGUUCUUGCAACCUCUGCCUCGCCCAAUCGUACGACAAAGCCAACUCAUCCCUGCCAAUGAAAACUUGAUCCAAAAUCUCCACCAGAAGCUUGGUGAUCUCAUAGAUCUGUUCGAUGAGAACAGGAUGGAUGAUAUCCAAGCUAUUAAACACUUGGAAACUAAGCUCAGAGAUGUGGCUUUCCGAGUGGAAGACGAAAUUGAAUUCCAAAUCCUACAUCUUUAUGAGGAAGAGGAAUUCCAAAUCGUACAUCUUUAUGAGGAAGAGGAAGAGGAAGAGUUAUUAGCAGCAAUAGCAGGUCUUUUUGUUGAAAUACCAGAGAGUAGUAUUGAUGCAGUAGAAGAAGAAGAAGACUUGGGAAUUGCUGCAGAUCUUUUUGUGGAAAAACCACAAGCAGGAGAAAUUUCGCAUUCUUUCAAACUUGGUUGUAUUUUGGAAGAAGCAAUAAGAGACAUUGAUGCCAUCCAGAAAGAGUUGUCCAAAGUGAAGAUGGAGUACCAGCGUGUGAAAGCAGCCUCGCAUGGAAGGAAAACAAGUACACUUGCAGCAGCUUCGAUCAGAUGUGAUGGAGUUGUCAUGAUGGGGGGUUCCUCCCAACAUGCUUCACACUCCCAGCCCCAUGACAAUAUAAUGGUGGGGAAAAACAAUGAGUUCCACAUUGUAAAGGAGAUGCUAAUUCAACAUUCAUCAAGGCAACGGGAAAUUGUCUCCUUUAAAGGUAUGGGAGGCAUCGGCAAGACAACCUUAGCUAGGCGAGUUUAUGAAGAUCCAUCAGUUGCCUCCCGCUUUAACAUCCUAGCUUGGGUUGUUGCCUCACAAUAUCAUAAUAAGUUACAAAUGCUCACAGAUCUUCUUAAAUCAAUGGGGGGUUGUUUAGAUAGUGGCACUCAAGAGGAUCAGCUAGCAGAACGACUAUACCAAAAUCUGAUACAUCAAAGGUACUUUGUUGUGAUAGAUGAUAUUUGGAGCGUCGAGGCCUGGGAUUCCGUCAAAGCUUGCUUUCCAGAUAAUGAAAAUGGUAGUCGAGUUUUGUUGACUACUCGCUCUGCAGAGGUGGCUACUAUUAUAGGCUCUAACAAUGACUUUUCGCAUCAAAUGCAUUUGUUAGAAGAAGGUGAGAGUUGGAAUCUAUUUCAUGAAAAGACAAGCAAAUCUCUGGGUUCUGGAUUCGAUAUGAUUAGGAGACAGAUUGUUGAGAAAUGCAAAGGAUUGCCUUUGGCAAUUGUUGUAGCUGCAGGUUUAUUUUCGAAACUUCAUACGCUAGAUGAGUGGAAGAAUGUUGCAGAAGCUCUAAAUUCAUCUGCAACAACAACAACAAUUGAUGAAGAAUGCUCAAGGAUACUCUCAUCCAGUUACAAUCACUUGCCUCACAGUUUGAAGGCUUGUUUUUUAUAUUUGAGCAUAUUUCCAGAAGAUGAAGAGAUCCGUGUUAAAAAUGUUGUAAAGUUAUGGGUUGCCGAAGGACUUGUAAAGGCAUCUAAGGAUAUGAGCUUUGAUGCAGUGGCAAGAAGGCACAUUCAAGAACUCAAGGAUAGGAACCUAAUUCUUGUAAGUCAGCCAAGUUUUUGUGGAAGAAAAGUAAAGACAUUUAGAAUGCACGAUUUAUUGCAUUCUUUUUGUGUGAGAGAAGCUAAAAAGGAGAUCCUUCUGCAUGUUGUCUAUAAGAAUGAGUCGAGUUUCCCUCCUAAAUAUUUCCGAUGGGUAAGCAUCCAAGGAAGGUUAAACAAAGAAACAUUAUAUUCUUCUUUAAUAAACUGUCGUUCCAAAUUCUUUUUUUCCGGAUGGGAUACAUUUUCAAAUUCAAAAAUUAGCCCCCUGUUAAGAGUACUCUAUCAUCCUGGGGUGUGUGAGAUUGGAUAUCUUGUCCAUUUGAGAUACCUAUUGUCAUGGAACCUAGAUUUUAUCAUUUUAGAUCCAUUUUGUAGUUGGAAUCUUCAAACACUUUCAGCUUAUGGUAUUGAUAAAACGAGCUUUUCAGAGUUCCCACAACUACAACAUUUGCUUAGUCACAACACUCUGAGGGAUUUUCCCAUAUUUUUUCAUCAAAACUUGAAGAGCAUUUGUGGGUUGAUUCCUGGUCAAUGCACAAAAGAAUUAUUUACAAAUAUUCCAUACCUAAAAAAGGUAAAGAUUCAUGGAUGUGAAGAUGGUUGGAGUGAUUGCAUUAAUAACGUUGCCUAUUCACACCAGCUCCAGAGUCUGCAACUUCGUGGUCCACUUGCUGGGCGUCCGUUGGUGAUUCCAAAUAAUAACCACCUUGUUUGCUUGAAAAACCUUAUGAAGUUGAGGAUUUCGGCCUUGAAAUUUGAGUGGAGGGCAAUUAAUAUUCUAAGCAAGUUGCCUAAACUUGAGGUGCUAAGGCUAAUCAGUUGUAGGUGCAUUGGUGAGGAAUGGAAACUAUUGGAGAUGGAGAAUUUCGACCAGUUAAUUUAUUUAGAAAUUGCUUUCAUUGAUCUAAAGUAUUGGGAAGCAAGUGCCUGUCAUUUCCCAAAUCUCGAGCGCCUAGUCCUUAAACAGUGUCGUCAAUUGAUAAAGAUCCCAGCUGACUUUGCAGAAAUUCUAAAUUUGAAGUCAAUCAAAUUGACUAAGUGUCUUUGUUCUGCGGUGGAUUCUGCAAAGGAAAUUCAAGAAGAGCAACAUGAGUAUGGAAAUGAUAAUAUGGUUGUUAUUGAAGAAGAAACUGUACUGGACAGUCUCUCUAUGCCUUACUACAGCUCUGAUGAUGAACUUUAGCUAUAGUUGAAUAAAAGCAAAAAAAAAGAGGAAGAUGAUGAAUGCUGAUUGCUAAGUGCCUGUCUGCCUUAGUGCCAUGAACUUGUAAUUUCUUAACUUGUAACUUGUGGGUGAUAUUACCACAAGGCAUCUUAGUGGGUGAUAUUUGAGAAUUUGAAUUCUUCCAAAUUCCAAUAUAUGUAAUUAUUAUAUGGGGUUACCAUAAUGUUUCAAGUUUCAUUCUCAAUAAGAGCCCUCUAUUAGUCUUCUUGAUUUGAGAUGGUUAGAUAUGGGUAAUUUAGGUUGUUUUUGUCUCUUUGUGAUCCUUUGUCAGCUAGAGUUAUAAGGUAGAGUUUACUCAGUACACACC